AUGGUCAUUGACCAAUUGAUCCUGUCCUUACUUAAAGGACGUUGGAGAGAGUCCACACUCUCAGUUGAAUCCAACGUCUUCAGGACUCGCAAAUCAAAUACAAUCACCAUGUCUUACAAUCCAUCUUACCAAGGGCAACCACCAAACGACGGCAUCCAGCAAAACAACCCCAAUCGCAGUCACGGUAGUCCUCAAUUCAUAGUCACCCGUGACGAGCUUCAACAAAUCUUCUACGAUAUCGGUUUUCCCCCUGCCAGUAUCUCCAACCCCCUGCUUCAGCAAGUCAAUCCCAAUUACACCAGCAAUUCCUAUGGUAACCCCCAGAGCAAUACUCCGCGUAGUGUUCCCAACGAGGACACCUGGCUUCAGCAAGGCAAUGUUCCCAACGCCUGGCAUCCGCAAGUCAACCCGAAUUACAAUUCUUAUGGCAACCCCCAGAGCGAUCUUCAGCGUAGUGUUCCCAGCGCUUGGCAUCCGCAAGUCAAACCCAAUGUCGACACUUCUCUUGGAGUUGUGCCUAACAGCCUACCUCGUCCCAGUGUCACAGCCAUUGCUCCUUCGAAUAGAAGUACCAACCAAGUGCAACGGCAACAGCAACACCCAACCCCAACCCCAGCCGCAGCCGCGACCCCGCUACCACCAUCACCGAGACCACCAGCGCAACCGUCAGCGCAACCAGCGAGGAGCGUCGCCAAGAGCCCCACAGGAAUAGAACACACUCCACCAUAUGGCGAUCUAAUCUGUCUUUGCCACAUACAUUAG